AUGGAGAAAACGCCCCCUCAUUCCCAGAAAUUGCGCGCCCUAUUUGGGGAAUUGGCCUCCUUUUAUAUCUUCAGGGGAAGUCAUCUCUCGCUGUUGAACAGCCUCUCGCUCGCAACCGCCGGCAAAGACGUCAUCCGGUCAGAUAUUAUCUCUGAAGAUAUCACCGAUGUGGAGCUCCGAGCAUCUCGGGCAUCGAAUGCAGCCAAGCAUCUCGCGGAAGGCAUCAAGAGUGACAUCAUUGUGCUCACCAACACCACUUCAACGGUCGAGAGCUUAGGUGCCGAGGCGGUUGGUGCCGAGUUUCUCGUCCUGGCUGUCAUGCUCAAGCUUUAA